GAGGAGAAGCCAUUAAUCAACGCUUUUUCAACUGACUCCAGGUACAUUGUGCCAGAGCGUGCCCCUUCCUCGUUCCCUGGACUUUAUUGGAACGUACAUGGUAAAGUCGCGCAUCGACUUCGUUGUCCUUGCAUGACCCGCCUUUUCUCGAGUCCGCAAUAAUAAUAAUGACAACCCACUCCUCUCUUGGAAAGUUGGGUCAGUCCGUCGCUGGCUCAUCAAGUUCAUCGGCUUCUCCACUCCUGAAGCUGGGCCAGAUCCUCAUCGGCGCUAUCAGCACGUACACCAUCACAAGGCAGCUUGGAGAUUCGGUUUGGCUUGGACGAUGCAAAAUUGGGCAGACUGUCGUGAUCAAAUCCGCACGCAACGAUCUCCGCAUCACCAAUGAGAGAGAUGUUCUCAAGAAGUUCCAAUCUCGAACACAGUACCUACGUCCGUUGAUCGAUGAAAUAGUGGAGCCUACCGACCCGCCAGCUAUUGUCUUGAGGCAUCUAGAAGAUGACCUACUCGCCAGUUCCAACAAGAAGAAGCUAACUACGAAAGAGAUCAAAUAUGUAUCGAAAAGGGUCCUUACAGCGUUGAAGCUGCUGCAUGAAGAUGGAUUUGUGCACACAGAUGUCAAAAUGGACAAUGUCCUAGUUAACUUUGCCCCCUCUUCUCAGGGUGAGAGUGGGCUACGUUUUACUGACAUUCAGCUCGCUGACUUGGAGAGUACUGUCCACAUUACCUCUCGGUACUGCCAGGAAUGUGAUGGGAUUGGUACUCCAAUCUGGCGGAGCCCAGAGGCACAACUGGGACUGCAAUGGGGCCCACCAACUGACAUUUGGUCCUUUGGAACAAUGGUUAUAUCCAUGAUCUGGGGCGACAAUUUCUUCAUAUUCAAACCCAAAGUUCCUCGGGGUCACGAUGAAUAUGAACUCAAUAUCCUUGCAAAAUACCACAUCUUUUUCGGGCCAUACCCCUGUUCAUACUCUGACCUUGCUGAUCGGGAAACAUUGGCGAUUCUGAGAUAUAUUAUGGCUUCUGUGCCGUCAGACCAAUUGAAGCCUUUCCAGUAUGCUAGUCAAAAAGAGAUUUCGCCGGAGGACAGGGAGUUUAUUUUGAGGAUUAUGAAGAUGGACCCCAGGGAUAGGCCGACAGCAAAAGAGCUUCUUGAAGACGAGUGGUUUAAUGGAGUUGAAUAAGCAGGUGGAUAGAAUGAACGGUCCGAAGUGCCGACGCAGGACUUUGUUUCAUAGGGGUAAUGAAAGAUACAGGCAACUUCAACAUAACAUGAAAACAUCAGCCAACAACACCCGCAGCAUUGGUCACCUGAAUAUGCCUUAUAUCCAAGGGGACGCCAGCGCUCAACCCUGAACUCUCUCCCAGGAAUGCCCACAUCCCCUUACAUUCAUCAGCAAAUUGGAGUUUUGAAGAGUUCAAGUGCCCCUAGAAUCUUAUUAAUCUUUCAUCUUCCAUCUAAAGAGGCUUUGAGCAUCCUUACUUUGACUUGUCAUUUUCUUUUUUCUCGAAGUGCAGAGUUGUGCCAUCGCCGUUUUUGAACAAAGCGACGCCAGUUAAAUGGGUUCUCUGAUCAUCGCUGGCUUCAUUCUUAUGCUCAGGCUCCCUAUUGCGUGGAUUGUUGUCAGCAUUACUCCCAGCAUGCUUAUAAGCUGAGCAGGCGAGGGCUUAUAACAUACCUGACACAUAUUUCGACGGCACCGGGGGGCAGUGGUAUUUUUGAAUUCUGAAUAAUUGGGCCGGCUCUCUUGCCAAUCAUCUCAGCGACACCCUCUGGGCGUGUCCAGUCGCUCGUCUCGGUCGCCACGGAAAGCACAUACUCCACUCCAUCUUUCACCACCUUGCCGACGGCUUGCUUCUUGAUGAUCCGGUUGAAAGCCGACAUAGUGAGGCUCCGAGGUGGGAGCUGCUGGGGAAAUAAGCCAGGAUAUUGGAGAAAAUCUAGCCGCGCGACACACAAAAUUGUUCGGAGGAAAUAUCUAGCAAUGCUCUUGAGCUCUAUAUCAGCCUGCCAAAAGUGGCUUCAAAGCUCCUUUUGCAAAGGGAAUCUCACAAGGAAGUCUGUAUAUUGCUAAUCUCUAGUUAGCAAGCUUAUAAGCUCUUUCAAG